AUGGAAAGUCCGUCUAGGGUGGAAGGAAUAUAUUUCGAAAAAAAGAUCAUGUUUUGGGAUGGAAUCCUCUAUAAGCUUUGUGAGGCAAAAACUGGAUAUAUGUGGAAUAUGAUGAUGUGCACGGGAAAAGAUUCAGAACUUGUAAACGAUGUAGGAGGGGUUGAUGUACGUAAUUUUACAAAACUGUUGCAGAUUGUGCUAACAUUUGCGGAGAAGCUACUGAAUCAGGGUUAUCUGAUAGGACUAGACAAUUACUACAGCAGUCCCGAGCUGUAUGAAUUUUUAAAUUUGAUGGAAACUGAUGUGGCAGGAACAUCUCAUUUACUUUGGAAAUCAUAUGUAGAUGAGUGGGGUUCUUAUUUAACACCAUGCUCAGCAUUAAACAGAGACAGACAGAGGUGGGAAGGGUGGGUGAGAAAGUGGGCAAAGAGCACCGUUAACAGAGACAGUACAUUCAUUUCAGAAUUGGCAAGUUCAGAAACUGUUUACUUGAGGAAAAAAGUCAACCUUCUGGGAUCAGUGUGCCUUAUUGUAGGCACAGUGGUAGGAAGUGGGAUUUUUAUUGCUCCAAAAGGUAUUUUGAAAAACUCUGGCAAUGUCGGCAUGUCUCUUAUCAUCUGGUUGGCCACAGGAAUUAUCUCUUCUUUUGGAGCACUCUGCUAUGCUGAGUUAGGUACAAGCAUUAAGAAGUCUGGUGGACAUUACAUUUAUCUUUUGGAAACCUUGGGACCCAUGCCAGCAUUUCUUCGUCUCUGGGCACAAUAUGUUUUGAUUUGGCCUGGGGCAUCAUCUGUGGUGGCUUUGGCAUUUGGCCGAUAUAUUAUUGAACCUUUCUUCAGCCCUUGUCCAGCACCAGAAGUACUCAUUAAAAUGGUUAGCAUAAUUGGAGUCUCGUUUGCUGUGGCUGUGAACUGCUGGAGUGUCAACUGGGCAACACGAUUGCAGAUACUACUUACCAUCAUCAAGAUGGGGGCCUUGGUCUUAAUUAUUGUGCCGGGAAUGAUCAGACUUGCUUCUGGGCACACUGAAAAUUUCCACAAAGCUUUUGACAACAGUUCCUUGACACUGGACAAGUUACCACUGGCUUUUUAUUCAGGAUUAUAUGCCUAUGCAGGAUGGCAUGUACUGAAUUAUGUCACAGAAGAAAUCAUCGAUUCCAAAAGAAACAUCCCUUUGUCCAUCAUAUUAUCCAUGGUAACAGUGACAAUUGCUUAUCUUCUGGCGAACAUUUCUUAUUACACUGUGAUGACAUCUCAAGAUGUUCUGGAAUCCAAUGCUGUGGCCAUGACCUUUGCUGACAGAACACUCCAUGGGUUCUCCUCUGUCAUUCCAAUUCUUGUUGCUGUGUCCUGUAUGGGAAGUAUAAUGGGAGGCUGCUUUACUACACCCAGGAUGCUGUUUUCUGGCGCCAGAGAAGGACACUGGCCUCUUCUCUUUGCUAUGAUUCACAUUCGAAGGCAAACUCCUCUACCUGUGGUGCUUCUAAUGUACCCCACGGUGGUGUUCAUGAUCUUGGCCGGUGAACUCUUUGGACUGCUAAAUUUUUACAGCUUUUCUCGAUGGCUUUUUAUGGGCCUGAAUACUAUAGGCCUCAUGGUCCAUCGAUAUCGGAAUCCAGAUCUCCCACGGCCUUUUAAGGUGCAUCUAUUCGUCCCUGCUGUUUUCACAGGUGUAUGUUUUUUCGUUGUGGGGAUGUCCCUCUAUUCUGAUCCAUUCAACACAGGCGCCAGUUUUGCUCUUGUGCUGACCGGUGUCCCGAUUUAUUUUCUUGUGGUGCAGAAGCAGAGACUACCUAUAUGCUUCAUCCGAGUUUAUCACACCCUUACUAAGAAGCUUCAGAUUCUCUUGGAAGUGGUGCCACAGGAGGUGCAGACCUACUAAAUCUUGGGCUGAUCAAAGCUUU